CGCGAUGUCAUUUGUACUCCAACACUCAUUAAUUUGGCUAUACUGGUGUGGUUUUUAAAAUUUACUUGCCUUUCAUUAAAAAUAGUUUAAAAUAAAGUUACGUUUUAUAUAACGUUCACCGGUUCAACAAUGAGGAUAUAUUUGUUGAAAACUGUCUCAAACACUAUUAGAAAACAAUGUUAUUCUACGAAAAAUGUGAAAAAGGUGACCCACUGCAUCUUCGACAUGGAUGGUCUGCUUUUAGAUACCGAGCAAGUAUACAAAAAAAUGAUCACACAGCUAUGUGCGAAAUAUGGCCACAAAUAUACUGAUGAGCUGAUGAUGAAAGUUCUCGGUGGUACCGAGCAGAGGUUAUCUGAGAUAUUAUGUAAAGAUUUAAAUCUUCCCGUGACACCUACGGAAUUUCGUAACGAAUUAUUAGAGCUAGGAGAUACCAUGCUCGCUGGAACACCUUUAUUAGAUGGAGCGGAGAGAUUAAUAUGCCACCUUCAUAAAACGAAAGUACCAUUUGCACUCGCUACGUCAUCUAGCGCUCGCUCCGUGGAGACCAAAAUAGCCCAACACAAGGAACUGUUCAGUUACUUCCACCACAUGGUCAUGGGGAGCACGGAUAAGGAAGUAAAGUAUGGGAAACCGAACCCUGACAUAUUUUUGGUAGCGGCUGCAAGGUUCCCCGAUAAACCUAAGCCAGAAAAGUGCUUGGUUUUCGAAGAUUCUCCACACGGCGUAACAGCUGGUAUAUCAGCGGGAAUGCAAGUAGUCAUGGUACCCGAUCCCCAUUUGGACAAGAGACUGACUACCCACGCCACCAUAGUGCUACCAUCACUAGCUAAAUUCCAACCAGAAAUGUUUGGGCUGCCCCCUUUCCAGUGAGAUUCAAAUAGUCAAAGAGGCUAGAAAAUUCAAUGCGAUGGUUUAAUUUAUCAAGUAGAUGGUAGUUGUGUGUAGUAUUACGGUUUUUGAGAAUUUUUUGUCUAUAUAUAAGACUAAAAUGAAACAAUUACAGGAGUUUUCGAUUUUGUGUUCCUAUAACGUAGAAGUAUGUACAAAGUAGAAAUUAGUACAGUUUUUUUUUUCAUGGGUAUUAUAUAGUGUUGCUAUAUUAAAGACCAAUAUUUAUAUUGACAUAAAAAAUUAAAAGAAUACACCAAAACAUCACAAUUUUUAAAUCAACAACCAGGCAAUAAUCAAAUCAAUCUACUAGAAUUAUUUUAGCAUUUUCUAAUCUAUUUGUAGUUUUAUACAAAACUAAAUAGAUUAUUCAUGUGGCAACUAUUGAUUUUUAAUACAAAAAAAUUGCAAAUAAUAAAUGUUUAGAACUGGAUAAGGGUCUAAAUCAAUCCUUUGGGCAUAAUAAAUAUUUUAUUAUUAUUUGACUUCUUAUACUAAUUAAAUAUUACUAAUAUGCACUGUUAAAAUGUCGGACAACCUUGCAUGCUUAGAAAUAUUAUAAUAUAUAGAUAUAAUUCUAAACUUAAUACUCUAACGUGGAUUAGGAAAGAAAUAGAACAUUAUUUUUAUAUUCCACUUGUUUUAUAUUUUAUAUGCGUAUUAAAUACACAUUUUAAAUUGUUAUUUUUAUAAAUAAGUAAUUAAGAAUGUAGGUCUUGAAUUUUAUAAAUAUAUUUUAUUCAGUGUAUGAAAAUACGAUUCUAUUGACACCUUCAUUAGAAUACAACUUACGUAUGCAAGUACGAUUAAGUAAGAUUUACCUUACAGCUGAUUGCAGGCUUAAAAUUUAUAAUAAAUAUUAAGUAAAUUAAAGGAACAAGAAGUUUUUUUUAUUUCAAGCACAAUAUGAUUAUACAAAUAUUUAAUGCAAAUUUGUGAUAAUUUUAGUCCCGUGAUAGUCACUAGAUGUUUUAUACAUUGUAGUAUUAAAAGUACAAUAAAAACAAUACUUUAUU